CUCCGUCUCUUGUUGCUGCUUGAUGACUAAGUCGCCUGCUGCUCUUUGUUCCAGUCACACAACUUUUCAUCAGCUCAAGAUGAUGGAUGAAGAGGCCACCAAGCGUUACCUUCGGGUGAGCGACGUUGGGCUGCAGCAGGAACAGGCUGAGGUAGGGAGUAAAGUUCAGGCUGGUCAAGAGGACAGAGAGAUCACCGUCCUGCCCCGGAGGAAGGCGGAGGAGCCGGAGGAGCCGGACGACACGACCACGAUGAAGACGCCAUCAUCUGACUCUUCCUGCUGCGCGUCCUGUAUCAGUCUGAAGGACAGAUGUCCUCGACCUCGGGGAAUCAUCAACCUGCUCAUCACCAAAGUGUGUUUGUUUGCUCUGAUGUUCGGAGUCGUCUGGACCAUCACGGGAAAAGAGUGUUUACCUGGAGGGAACCUGUUCGGCAUCAUCAUCCUCUUCAUCUGUUCCGUGCUGGGAGGGAAGCUGGUGGGAAUGAUCCAACUGCCCACACUGCCCCCCUUCCCUCCACUGCUUGGUAUGCUGCUGGCAGGUCUGCUAUUGCGUAAUGUUCCUUACAUAACGGACGCCAUCUUCAUCGACACUCACUGGUCUGCAGCUCUGAGGAACAUCGCCUUGUCCAUCAUCCUGACCAGGGCUGGUCUGGGCCUCAACCCUGAGGCUUUAAGUCGACUGAAAGCAGUGUGCGUACGUGUUGCAGUUGGACCCUGUAUGGUGGAAGCCUGCAUUGUUGCUGUGGUUUCUCACUUCCUGCUGGGUCUGCCAUGGGUUUGGGGUUUCAUACUGGGUUUUGUACUGGCUGCCGUUUCUCCAGCAGUUGUUGUUCCUUCAAUGCUGCUUCUGCAGAGAGAAGGAUAUGGAGUGGAGAAGGGAAUCCCCACCCUCCUGAUGGCUGCUGGAAGCUUUGAUGAUAUUCUCGCCAUAACAGGAUUCUCUACUUGUUUGGGAAUCGCCUUCUCUACAGGUUCUACAUGGAUGAACAUACUGAAGGGUCUGCUGGAGGUGGUGGGAGGCAUCGUAGCUGGUAUGAUCCUGGGCAUGUUCUUGUACUGCUUCCCCAGCAAUGACCAGGAGGAUCUGGUAUUGAGGAGGACCCUCAUGUUGCUGGGUCUGUCCACAUUUUCAGUCUUCUUCAGUCAUGUUAUAGGUUUUGCUGGAGCUGGAGGUCUCUGUACACUGGUGCUGGCUUUCCUGGCUGCACUGGGCUGGAAGACUGAAAAGGCACCAGUAGCAGAAAUGGUGGGUCGGUCAUGGGAUGUAUUUCAGCCACUUCUCUUCGGUCUGAUUGGAGCUGAGAUCACGAUUAAAGCACUCAGCCCAAGUACUGUGGGUCUGGGUAUGGCCUGCAUUCUUAUUGGUCUGGUGAUCCGUCUACUUGUCACCUUCCUGUUGGUUCAUUACGGAGGAUUCAACUUAAAAGAGAAGCUCUUCAUUUCUGUGGCCUGGCUGCCUAAAGCUACUGUGCAGGCUGCCAUUGGCUCCAAGGCAUUGGACAUGGCGAGGGGAAGGGACGAGGCCUUAAUUAAGUUUGGUUUGGACGUGCUAACAUUAGCGGUGUUAGCCAUCUUGACCACAGCUCCAGUUGGUGCACUGGGUAUCGGACUGGCAGGACCACGUCUCCUGGCCCGGCAGGUCAAAGCAGAAGAGACGGAAGGUGGAGCUACACCAUCUUACCGCAACGGGGUUGUUCAAGAAAAAGACAACGGGACUCUCGAGAGCAAGCUAUGAAGCAUCUGAGUGGAAAAACUGACUAUACAAAACUGUAUAUACAAUAUAUAUAUAUAUAUGUCCACACAUUAUGUAAAUCAUAAACAGAAUUUAGCUGCAGUUCAUUUAUAUAUACUGGCUGUCAAUAUCUUCUAUUUUCUCAUAUGCUCAGGUUAGAAACUGUAAAUGUGCAAAUGUUUGUGUAGUGUACUAUAUUGAUAUUUAUGCAUUUUGGUAAAGUGCAAUGAUUAAUUUUACAUUACACUAAGAUUAUGUUAUCAGCUCAUUAGCAGUGACAGAAUCUAUAUUAUGAAUUAAUUUCUGGCUAGCUAGUGUUAACAUAAAGCGUAUUUGCCACACCAGGUUUCAUUUUCUUACUUCAUUUUUUAUUUUCUUCUGUUUGUCUGUUGCAUAAGUGAAGUACAGCUGAGGUCAUUCAUCAUAUGGGGACUGGCAGAUAGUUUAGCUAGCAUGCUAAUCUGAUGUGUUGGAGUUUAGCUAUGGUGGAGUAACAAAGGCAGACUUGAUGCUGGAGGUCAGGUCUUUAAACUGACAUCACAUUCUUUCUGGUGUCAGGUUUGGUUAUAAGAAGCUAAAAUGUUCAUUUUUACUGUUUUGUGUGCUUAAAACAUGGUUAUUUACAAAAGCGAAUAUUAGAUACAGAUUAAGUAAUUAAUGGCAGUAACAGAUAGCUUCAUUAAACAGCUUCAAAUGUGCAAGUGACUAAUCUUAACUGGGUGGGUAAUCUAUUGUCUAAUGACAUUUUCAAAGAUAUAUUAAUAUAUUCUUAGAUAAUAUUCAUACAAAAUAAUCUGAAUGUUUAUCUUUGAGACACACUUCAUUACACGCACGGCUGCCAGCCUGGAAGCUUGUAUCAGUAAUCGUGUAAUCAUUAAGCAUGCUGUAAUUGUGUGAUGUCCUAUUGAUCAGCUGUAAUUUACAUGUGCAGCUUUAAUUCAAAGCUCAAUAAAUAUUUAUCAAUAAAGUUAGAAUAU